AUGCGCCGCUCACCAGAAGCUCAUUACAGCUUCACGAUACCGUCGAUACACGAUGACACGACACUCGAUUGCCGCGUAUACCAUCCAGAUACCCUGACCAAGCCGAAAGACUCGGCCGAUAUCGCGCAAUGGAGGAAGAGGGGUAUCGUCAUGGCACACCCAUACGCGCCAAUGGGCGGUAGCUAUGACGAUCGGGUAGUCGGUAUCGUGGUGGAUGAGUUCUUACAUGCUGGGUGGAUGGUGGGCACAUUCAACUUCAGAGGUGCUCACGGGUCCAAGGGACGCACUAGCUGGUCUGGAAGACCCGAACUAGACGACUAUACAUCCUUCGCCGCAUUCUUCAUGCACUACAUAUCCUGCCUCCGACCGCGCAUUACCUCCGACCUUACCUUCGUGCCCGACCAGUCUCCGAUACUAUCGAACCAAAACGAGUUGGCACAGGUGCAAGAUGAUGCAUCCCCCAUAGUCAUAUUAGGAGGCUACUCCUAUGGCUCCCUCAUCCUCAGACACCUACCGCCCAUACCGACUAUACUACAACCGUUCUCCACUCCAAUAGCAGGUACUGCGGCAGACGAGAUAGUUCUGCGCGCUCGCAAGCUAGCAGACCAGAGCAAUCUGGAAUGGAUCAACCUAGCUCGGGAUGAAACCAGAGCUAGGAGGAAAAGCAGAGCGGGGAACGAACCGAGACCCCAAGUGACAAUGGGUGGAGAAGAGACAAGUACAGAGAAGCGUAGGAGUAGUAGAGACGUUCGAAGAAGUCUUGAGGGUGGCUCGCGGCUCGAAAUCCGAACGCGGCUAAGAAGCCUCAGUCACAGGCGACGACACGAAAACCACGAACCGAUACCGCAGCCGGAGAAGAAGAGCACAAAGACUACUACAAUGCCAGACGUCCGUUAUCUUCUCAUCUCGCCGCUGACACCGCCAACCUCUACACUUGCCGCACCGGCCCUUAUACACAAGUUUUGGAGCAGGUCUAAAGACGAGUAUCAAGAAGUGAUUGGAAAGCAUAUGACCCUAGCAAUCUAUGGCGAUCAGGAUAUCUUCGCUUCGUCAAAGAAAAUUCGGGACUGGUCAGAACAGCUCAAAGCCGAGCCGAACUCACGCUUCACUAGUGUUGAGGUUGCAGGCGGAGGGCACUUUUGGCAUGAGAAUGGCGUCGAAGUAAGACUAAGAUCUGCGCUGAAGGAAUGGGAGGCUGCGAUACGAUAA